GAGAAACUGAAUUGCAGCACUUUCUGCAAAUAUUUAAAUGUGCAGUCAAAUAUUCCACCAUCCUUCCGCUUCCUUUUUAGCUAGCAAAGAACCCACAGAGACAAGAGAACUGGAAAGGCAGCAGUUUGCAAAAAAAGAAGGUAGACCAGCAAGACAACUUGCAUCUGGCUCCAAGAUCAGAGUUUAUACAUGGAUGAUCUAUAACAAGGAGGAAUCAAGGACCAUGCCCUUUCUCCACGGCUUCCGCAGGAUCAUCUUUGAAUACCAGCCCUUAGUAGAUGAGAUUUUGGGAUGCUUGGGUUUACAGGACCCUGAACGGCAGGAAACCUUGGAGAGUCCCAGCUUUGUGGCUGAAGAUGAGAGCAAACUUCCGGUCCUUGCCGAGCUCCUGGAAAGGAAAGCCCAUUCGUCCUUUUACCAGGAAGGUGUGAGCUGCGCUUUACUGAAAGUAGCGGAGUUGGGCUUGCUGCGUGUGGCUGAAACCCUCCUCUGCAAUGGGGCGGACAUCGUCUUUGAAGAUCCAGUCACCUAUUACACAGCUCUUCACAUUGCAGUCCUUCGUAACCAGCCGGACAUGGUGGAACUCUUGGUCCAACAUGGUGCGGACAUUAAUCGAAGGGACAGAAUUCAUGAAAGCAGUCCCCUGGACCUUGCCAGUGAAGAACCUGAACGCCUUCCCUGCCUGCAGCGUCUCUUAGAUCUGGGAGCUGACAUCAAUGCCGCCGAUAAACAUGGAAAGACCGCUUUGCUUCAUGCCCUAGCCAGCAGCGAUGGGGUUCAGAUUCACACUACGGAGAACAUUCGUCUCUUGCUGGAAGGAGGAGCAGAUGUCAGAGCCACUACCCAAGAUGGUGACACCGUCUUCACCUCCAUCAUCUUCCUGCUGGGCGAGACGGUGGGAGGGGAUCCAGAAGAGGUCAAAAUGAUCAACCGCUUCUGUUUGCAGGCCACUCAGUUGCUGAUGGCCCAUGGGGCCAACCCCAGUGAAUGCCCCUCCUACGAAUCCCUCACCCACAUCUGCCUGAAGAGCUUCCGCCUCCACUUCCCACUCUUGUGCUUUCUCCUCCAGUCGGGAGCAUCUUACAACUGCUCCCUCCAUGGCCCCUCGUGCUGGUCAGGUUUCGACAUCAUCUUUGAGCAGCUCCUCUCCCACCUCAGCAAGUCUGAAGAUGACAGCUUCUCCGUCGACCUCCUCCAGAAGGCAGAGACAGUGGUGGACCUCAUGGUGGCCAGCGCCCAAGUUGUGAAGCUCCCGAGCAACUUUGAGAUCAACCUGAGUGGCUGCCGUUUCCACAAAGAUAGGAUCCAGAUGCUCUUCAAUCACCUCAAACAACUGGAACGUUCUCCAGGCUCCUUGAAACACCUCUGCCGAGUGUACCUCAGACAUCAUCUCAGGCCCUGGCCGGUCGAUGUGAAAGUUAAAGCUCUCCCUUUGCCUGACAGGUUAAAAAAGUUCCUCCUCAUGGACCAGAAUGGUACCAUGUAAUACUGUGGAGGCAGGAUGGGGGUUAUUGACCAAGGAUGUUUGCCAUACCUAGGCAUGAGCACCAAGCGACUUGAGGGUCUGCUGGGUCUUUUGAGGGCAUCAUCUUAUGAACCAGCUAGCUUGUACAUCUUGCAUUUUGGGAGGACUUUACAAUCACAUAUUAUCGCUUGGACCUUCUCUCUUCACAAACAGGCCUUUGGCCCUUUACAGGAACAAGGCCAACCUCUGGUGAUUCUAGCUCUGCAACUUGUAUUAUUCACUGGAAGUGAAAUUGGUGUCAGGGAGGUGCAGGGGACGGUGGAACUAUAUCCGGAUCAAAAGAAGAAUUUGGACUAGAAAAAACACCCAUUGGGAAAAGAUCUUCCUAUCUCCAUCUGAGCUUCCAGUAUUGGGGUCAGGGGGAACUAGCAGUUUCCCACAGCCAUUAAAAUUAAGACUCAGCACCCAUUAUGUCAUUUGUAUAUUUUUAAAGGAUGCCCAAGCAGCAGGAAAGCAGUGCUCACACUUCCUUAAUAUGCUGUGCCAAUUGAAGUGCUUGCAACUACAAUGUUUGUUUCUAUGGGACAUCGAUUGCCUUCUUUCCAGAGCCUGUGCUCAUCUUUUUUCUGUUUUUAUUUUUAAAGACGUUUCUAGUCCUUGUGAUACAGAAAUGCUUGGGGAAAUGUGUGGGAAGGACAAAGGAAUCUAACAGAUACUUCUAGAUUGGAUUGUCACCCUUUCCAAAUGGCAACGCACUUUUGAGCUUUCUUUUGCCUCUGCUUCUUGGCACAUGUCUUGAAAUCACAAUGUGAAUAAAUUAUACAUGAUCACUUA